CCCUGGGGAUUCGUCUCUUGACACACUUGUUUCAGUCGAGGGACGCCAGUCAAUGGGGAACUACAGAUUGCGGAUUUUCCACCCUUAUUUUAGACUUAGACGUUAGUAAAACAGCACAAUAGACCCUAGAUGUUUUGUAGCUUUGUUCGAGAUUGAAAUAGUGUGGAUUUUCUGUGAAUUAUGGGAAGUGUUUUGACAUAACCUUAAUCAUGAGGGGUCAGUGAAAGUGCCUCCGAUUUUCUUCGGGGUGGACAUAGGGGAGACACCAAUUGCGCAAUAAGCUGGAGAAAAUAAGACAAAAAGGAGUGACAAAAUGCCAGAUUAUCAGUUGAUACCCUUCAGAAUAACCACCCAGAGGGUGGUGAUUGUGUCUGUAACAGCCGGGAUUGCUCUGCUGGGUAUCUUGGCGAGGUACUUGAGACGCCGUCGCACAGUGCGUCCGCCCAGGAGGACCAGGAAGCUGCCCGGCGGCAGGAGGACAAGGAAUAGCCUGAGAAGUCCCAAUGAUGCAAUUUCAGUGGCGGGCUCGAAGGCCAGCGCGAGGAGUGUCAGUCCUGGAGGCAGCAUCUUAGCACUCUCUGACCGUCUGUCCCUGGCCUCUGGAUCCCUGGGAGCGGGAGUCUUGAGUGCUUCCACGCCACUGACUUCUCAGCAACUCGGAGUGCUCGGUAUGGAAGCGCUGGAAAACGUAAUAACGCACUGGGAAGACGCACUGGCCGCUCACUGCACGGCGUCAGGGGUUCUGGUUGUGGGCUCCUCCGAGGAGUCUGAGUUCUGUCUGGAGAUUCAGAACCUCCUGGACGUGGCGUAUAGUUUGCAGGACCAGAGCGAGCUCCUCUUCCUCGACCAGAGGUCGGUGCUCUUCCGGGAGGAGAGUUGUGUGGUGGAAGAGGACGUGACUCGCGGCAAGAGGAGUGGCAGUGAUCCAAAUCUCGAUUCGGCGGAGAGUUUCGCAUCGGCUCUCGACCAGGUGGCGGAUUUGAGGGAGUUCGAGGAGUUCACGGAGGUGUUUGCCGCCUCAGCGGAUAAGUAUCCGUUUUACCAGAGCGCCUUGCGUCACAUGGAGGAGCAUCCUGUGCCUUAUCGCACAAUGCGAACGGAGUUGGUGACUUGUUCGACGGAUCUCGAGUACCUGGGGAAGCUGCACUGCCUCAGGCUGGCCUUUCAGCUGCUCUUCCGCGAUGACAGCACCAGCCGAUGGGUGGCGGACACCGGCAGGCAGAUCCUCACGGAUCUCAUGUGCCUCGGAGACAAGGAUCCCAAGGACUUUCUCGUGGGUUACGAGGAGAUGAUGACCUUCCUGCAGGACGACACCAAUUGGCCGGCUAUUGAGCGAGAACUCGAGACGAGGAAUGUCAAGGCGAUGACUUUUUUCGAUGUCGUCCUGGACUUUAUCAUCCUGGACUCGUUUAAGGACUUGGAUUCCCCACCCGCGAGCGUGAUAGCCGUGUGUCAGAACCGCUUCCUCUCGAAUGGCUUCAAGGAGACCGCCCUGACCACGGCGGUGUGGUCAGUGCUGAAGGCCAAGAGGCGCCUGCUCAAGUAUCCGAAUGGCUUUAUGGCCCACUUCUAUCAGAUCUCCGAGCAAAUUUCACCGCUCAUGGCGUGGGGAUUCUUCGGACCGGACGACAAUCUGCGCGAAGUGUGCCACUACUUCAGGGAUGAGACCAUUGGCUUCCUGAAGGACAUCUUCAGCUUCCAGAAGUGUCGCUUCACGAGCGUGGAAGAGCUCUCAGAGGACAUCCUGAAACACAUGCGGCAGCGGGUGGACAAUAUUGGAGUGAAGUUCAGUAAUUAGUCGACGCAGUUUUUAACAAUAAAUAACAAGUUAGCGAAUGGGA